CAUGGCUGAGAGAUUAUUGCUAACAGCACUGAAGGGUGGCAGGAACACUAAGAUCCUUACUUUGAAUGCAAAGAAGAUAACCAAGAUGCCCUCAGCACUGGAAAAGCUGCCUAAUCUGAGGACUCUAGACCUUCAAAAUAAUCGAAUCUCUAAAGUGUGCCCAGAGCUAAGGACCUUGACCCAGUUGACAUUACUAAAUCUGGGAAACAACCUUUUACAAGAAGUUCCUGAAGAGAUAAAAUACCUUACCUCCCUGAAGAAUCUUCAUUUAUUUGGAAACAGGAUUUGCAGAAUUGCUACUGGAGUCUUUGAUGGCCUGCGACACUUGAUUCUGCUUAAUCUGAAUGAUAACCAACUUACGAGUCUUCCUCAAGAAAUUGGCAGGUUAAGGAGGCUUACCUACUUAAGCCUCAACCAUAACAAGCUCACCGUCAUUCCCAAAGAGCUUUGUUCCCUUGUGCAUCUUUCUGAGCUGCAUCUUAACUACAAUCAGAUAGUGUGCAUCCCUGAAGAGAUUAAGUUCUUACAGAAUCUUCAGCAGCUUUAUCUGGUCAGGAACAACAUCGAAGUGUUGCCAGAGGAAGUUUGUCAUCUUACAAACCUAAGAGUCCUGGACAUAGCUGGAAAUGUUAUCCAGAUAUUUCCAGCAGGCUUUCAGGAUCUAAGGCUGAGAGAGUUCUACUGUGAGGGAAACCCACUCUUCCUGAAGAGGCCAGUUUUUGCUCCACAACCUAAGGACCUCUGGACCCUACGGGAAAUAGCAGCAAGAAUUGUCCUCUCUCUGUUACAAGAAAACAACCCUUUGGUUAUGAAUGCCAUAGAGUCUUACCCCGAGGCCAAGGACAAACUCUCCAAAUCGAAAAAAUGUGCAAUAUGCAAAAAACCUUUUUUAUCUGAGUGGCUGGAAUGUGUUUACUUUGUUGCUCCAUCAAAGAGCUGGAAGAUAAGCAGAAACCUAAAGCUGAUUCCUCUCCAGACAUUAGUCUGUUCCUACCAAUGCUUUGACCAGCGUGAUCCUGAUGAUGUCUUUGGGAUUGCUCAAGAGUAGAGCAGGAAGAAGAGCUUUCCUGUUGGUCCAUAUUGGAAGUGGAAGACAGUCAGAAAAUCUUUUGAUGACUAUAGGUGUUUGCUGGACAUUCAGGAAAGAGAAGUUGACUACUACAGGAGGAAAUCUGAAAAAUGACGGGAGC